GCCGCGUCGGUGUCUGUUAUGUCUCCUGACAGACCUUAAACUAUCUCGGCUACUUCUCCCAGGCAAACGCCCCGGCGACGGCAUCACGCGCAGUCGUCAUAACGCAUCCAUCCGUUAUUACCAGCUUGUAGCCAAAUCCCGGAGCAGCGACUUUGUCAAAAGGAGCAGAACACGGUUACAGAGGGAGGAGAGACCGACAGGAGAGGAGCUGGUAGGCGUACCGCCUCCCGGGACAAACAGUCCGCCGCGCAGUGUGAAAGUGUAACUGCAGGAGGGGACGGACAUGCUCACCAUGGCGUACCGGAGCGCUUUUUAACGAGAGGAUAAAAAAAAGAAAAGACAUGAAUGCUUUGAGGCUGUUUCCCCAGCGAGAUUUAUCAUCCUUUUCUUCUCUUGUCUGAAGCUUGCCCUUUUUCCCCCUCCUGACCUAUAACGCCUCUAUCUAUAGGCUGCCAUCCGCCGGGCAGCACGCACUCUUGUCCGGUGUCUCUCCUUGGAGAGAACGGCGCGGAGAGAAGAGAGAGGUCAAGACAAAGUCACUUCUGUGGCUGAAAAGAGGGAGACGACCGCUUACCACGCUCCUCUGGUUCUGCAGUUUAUUUUCCACCCGUUUACAAUCUUAUUAUCCAAUUUCUUACCUGUGGAAGACCUUGAGGCGGAUAAUAACGUACCGACUCUACAACCAGAAAGGAUUAAUAUUCUACAACCAAGUGCAGAUCGAAUGCAGAAAGAGCCGUGCAUGGGUGAAAUGUGAUGUUGGGGUAGGAAUGACAGCUGCUGAACGGGGGGGGAGCAAAGAGCAUCUAUAGGGGAGCUUACGUGGAGACCGGCUGAGUAGCUAAAAACGACACGACCGUGCCCGGUUUCACUGAGUCUAGAGUCGUUUUUCUCACUCUGCCUAUCCAUUGCUUUCCCUCUACUCUUUAACUAGACACUGGAUUCCAGCGAUAUUAACCCCCGGCGGCUGGGUAUUUUCCAUUAAAUGACCGAUUACCGGAGUCUUAACGGAAACGCGGGGAGCUCAUGUGGAGACCAAAUGAGUGCGCAACGCGGCGAUGCGCCGGUUUAACGGCGUUUCCUCCACUCUUGCACUCCAGUUCUAGCGGAUCACCAGCGGUCAGUGGAUUGCUGUAGGUUACAGACCACCACCGGUCGCAUACCCGCACUUGGCUUUUUUUUUUUUUUUUUUUUUUUUUUUUUUUUUUUGGAUGAAAACUAAUCGGGAACUAAUUUGAAACGCCUCGCUUGCCCCACCACUCCUCCAAGGAGCCCCACAGCGCGGCCAGCCUUGCGCGGUGCGAGACAAGGAAAAAAAGUGGAUAUGGUUUCUUAUUUGGUUUAAAAAUCUGUCUAAUCAGGAGGAGGAUUAUUUUACGUAUUCUUUUUUGACGAGUGCGGAUCUUCACCUGGCUUGACGGGGGUGGGGGUGGGGGUUAACGGAGGAGAAACAGCCUCUAUACCUGGACGGAGAGGAGGAGAGAGAGGGACGCGCAGCGCAGGUCUUUGGAUCCAUCUCCCCAGGCCGUCUCUCUUUUCAGUCAAUCUCCAGUCACCACAGUUUACGUUCAUGUUGAGUCUUAAUCAAUCACAGCACACCGGAUAGAGUUGCCCUGCUCCCAGUGGAGGAUAAUGGAACGGCUGUGGUUCUCUCUGCUGUUGCUGGCAGCAGCAUGCAGGGGACAGCCGUGUCCGAAACGUUGUAUGUGCCAGAGCCUUUCUCCAUCGCUCGCGAUCCUCUGCUCCAAGACAGGCUUGCUGUUUGUUCCAGCUGCCAUUGACCGACGCACCGUGGAGCUACGACUUCAAGAGAACUUCAUCACAGCUGUCCGAAGAAAGGACUUUGCCAACAUGACUAGCCUGCUACAUCUGACCCUGUCCAGAAACACCAUCAGUCAGAUCCUCCCCUCAGCUUUCAGUGACCUGCGGCGACUGAGAGCACUCCACCUAGACUCUAAUAGAUUAACUGUGAUCAAGGAUGACCAUUUCAAGGGCCUGACCAACCUUCGCCACCUGAUCCUGGCCAACAACCAGCUCCACUCCAUAUCUCCCCAUGCCUUUGACGACUUCCUGUCCACACUGGAGGAUCUAGACCUCAGUUACAACAACCUUGCUCAGGUGCCCUGGGACACGAUCGGACGCCUGACCAAUGUCAAUACCCUAAAUAUGGAUCAUAACCUCAUAGAAAAUGUUCCCCAAGGAGUAUUCACCAACCUGCACAAACUGGCCAGGCUAGACAUGACGUCCAACAAGCUGAAGAAAAUCCCCCCAGAUCCCUUGUUCCUGAGAAUCCCAGUUUAUGCCAAGUCCAAAGGCUCCCCUCUCUCCUCCCUGGUGUUAAGUUUUGGUGGUAAUCCCCUUCACUGUAACUGUGAACUUCUGUGGUUGAGGAGAUUAACCAGAGAAGAUGACCUUGAGACAUGCGCCUCUCCCCCUGACCUCAGUGCCAAGUACUUCUGGACAAUACCUGAAGAGGAGUUUAUUUGUGACCCACCAGUUCUGACCCGUAAGUCACCUCAUACCAUGGCUAUGGAAGGCCAGCCUGCCAGCCUGAAGUGCAAAGCAAAUGGUGACCCAGAGCCUGAGGUCCACUGGAUCAGCCCUGAAGGACGACUUAUAUCUAAUGGCUCAAGAACUUUAGUUUUCCCUAACGGAAGCCUGGAGAUCAAUGUAACAUCCCUGAAGGAUUCAGGAAACUUUACCUGCAUUGCCUCCAACGCAGCAGGCGAAUCCACAGGAAGGGUGGAGCUGGUAGUCACAGCGAUGCCCCAUCUCGCAAACAGCACAAGCCGCAGCCGAGACCCGUCCUCUGAACCUGCCCCUUCUGAUAUUCUAACCUCCUCUAAGGUUGCGCUGCCUAACAACGAGACAAGGGGGGCAGAGCGGCGGGUUUCAUUGGUGGAACUGACAGGAAACUCUGCCCUCAUUAGAUGGAGCAGUCAGACUCCUACAUCGGGAGUCAGGAUGUUCCAGGUCCAGUACAACAGCUCUGGGGAUGACACACUGGUUUACAGGAUGAUUCCAUCCACUAGCAACGACUUCCUGGUUCGGGACCUCGCCGCCGGACGCAGCUACGAUCUUUGUGUCCUGGCUGUGUUUGACGAUGUCAUCACAUCACUGACGGCGACGCGCCCUUUGGGCUGUCUGUCUUUCACCACAGACACAGAGUUCAGCCAGUGUCAAGCACUGCACAGCCACUUCUUGGGCGGUACAAUGAUCAUCAUCAUCGGAGGGAUUAUUGUUGCUUCUGUGCUGGUUUUCAUCAUAAUCUUAAUGAUACGAUACAAGGUUUACAGCCACCAAGGGGCAAGCCACGGAAAAGCCGCCAUUGCGGCGACUGCGCCAAGACCGCAGAGCAAUGGACAAGGAGGAGGUGGACAAGUCCAAGUCCUCCCUCGCUCUGCCUCAAAAAUGACUGACAGUCAGGAUGACCAAGCGCUGGCGUCAUCCCGGGCUAUGUCGCCUAGCAACACCCUCAGAGACACUGUGGCACUGGUCGAGGAGGAGAGCAGUGGACGAAGCAUAAUGACGAGGACUGACUCCUUGGCCAAUGAAGAGUUGCUCUCGCCCACCAAGGCCCGCUUCUCCUCCAGGGUCGCCAUUGAGAUGAAAAGCAGACCGCCAUCUGUCGCCAAAGAGCCCACCUCCCCCAAGGAAUUGGCAGAGCCCUGAUGAUGUUGUUCUGAGUGGCCGAUGUGGAGAAUGAACGUCACCACCAGGGAAAAGCUGGUGAAAACCCUGAAGGAAAAAAAAAGACCCUAUAGCUCCUCUCCUCAUAUCUCCCGUUUACUGUACCCAUUACUUUGUUUCCAUGAAUAUCAAGGGGUUAUAGACCUGUACUGUCUGGUUUACUUUAAAAUGCUUAUCCUGGUUCUCAUGUCUGGAUUGGACGUCUGACUGAUCGGCCAGUUUCCUGCAGGAUCCAGCUGUCGGUGUGAUCAUCUUAAUCACUUUUAACGGUGCGGCACUUACUUGCUGAAUUUUCCACUUUGAAUCAUCUGGAUCAGCACGGAAAUGGAUACAGUUGGCAUAGAUAACAUGAAGAGACAUAUGGGUAUGUCUCAAAAAAAAAAAAACAAAAAAAACUUCACACCUGGAGCAGCAUCAAGCAUCAACAUGCAUGGACAGACACUAAGAAUGGUAAAAACAGACUAUACAAUAUGGUAGACUGCGCGGACAGAAGGGGGGGGGGGGUCAUGCAGAAAAGUGUCAUAAAAGUGAUGGUCUGGUUCUAGAUAUGAACAGAUGUUAAACAAUAAUGGAUCACUGUCUGCAACUAAACAUAAGGGACUCUCAACACAGCUGGCUCUAGGUGGCUCCAUUUUAUUAAUCCAUGUGGAAUAAAGCAGUUCUGCAGAACUAAAAUAAGUUGACCUGAUCCUAGCUGGGCUGAACUGGAGCUGAAUCUUAACCUUAACUGGACCCUGUUAUCUCUCACUCAGAGAACACAUACAGUAUAUAUAUAUAUAUAUAUAUAUAUAUAUAUAUAUAUAUAUAUAUAUAUAUAUAUGAACUGAACUGGUUUGACCUGGACAGAACUGCACCUGGACUCAGUGGAGCUUGACCUAGAGCUGUACACUAGUAAUGGAUUAAGACUGUACAGUGGUCUGAUGCAGGCUAAACUGGACUAGACUAGAGAGGCCUGUUACCUAUUGGUCUAGCCUCUGCAUGCACUGUUCUGCUCUGGUCCAAUAUCUACUGCUUUCCGCUGAAUGGGACCGGUGAGGACCUUGAGGACCUUUACCAGCCUCGCUCACACCUCUCCAGGCCCACUUAAACAGACCCAGUGAUCAGGAGGAAAGCUACAUGAAAGUCAAGAAAGACAAACAGACAAGACAGAAAAAAUAAAGUAGCGGGGUAUCAGUUAACCAGCUCAUCUCAGAAACAUCAUCACCUUCAUCAUCAUCAUUGCUAUCAUCACUAACUAAGUUCACAAGAGUUCUACGCUAAAAGUGAGAAUAGUUCAAUAUGAGGAAAAACGCUGUAUGACUGUGUUUGGCUGCAUCACCUGCGUUGUUAACAUCCUAGUUAUAGUCACCCAGGCCCCACUGCACAUUUUCAUUUUCACCAUGGAGUGCGAUUGUGUGCUCACAGCAUGACUGAUGCCAGGUCACGAUGUUCUGUUUCUGAAGAGUUACCUCUUCAUGUGCGUCAGACAGAUAUCCCUUUAUAUUAAUCACCAGAAUAUUCCAGGAUACUAGCAUCUCUCUCUCAUCAUUACCAUGCUUUGACUUCACACUGGUUACUGUAAAUGGGAUGUGUGUGUCACAGGUGCCAUUUCAGAUCUGUACAAUCCAUAUGUGUGUGCACGUAAUUGCAUUCACUGCCAUUCCCCAGGGUCAUCAUUAUCAUUACAAUCAUGAUUGGUACAGUUCCCUGCAGAGAUGUAAGUUGGUAGAAGAGCUAAUAGACAAGAGAGCCUCAAAACUUUUGACCCAUCCCUGAAGAAAUACACCCAAAAUAAAAAUAAAAAAUACACACACAAAUGCUUUGUCUUCACUUUCUCCCUCCUGUGUUCCCCUCACCUUUUCUUUGGGCUUUAUCUUUUGUAUGUGUACAUAAAGCAAUUUCAAAUCUUAUAGUUUUGUACAUGUAAUUUUUAUGGUGUGUGGAUAUUUUCUAAUAAAAUAAAACAAAAAUGGAUGA